AUGAUUCAAAUGGUGCCCAUUUAUUCAUGCUCCGCAUUACUUCGGAGAACUAUACCGAAAAGGCCAUUCUAUCAUGUGUUAUCAGGGUUAACUGUACGCUUUAAGGUAAACCCGCAAUUAAAUUACAAUCUUUUCAGAGAUCUCACUAGGAGGGAAUAUGCUACCAAUCCGAGUAAAACUCCUCAUAUAAAGAGCAAGUUGCUCAAUAUUCCCAACAUUUUGACUUUAUCACGAAUAGGAUGUACACCCUUUAUCGGACUCUUCAUUAUAACGAAUAAUUUGACCCCAGCAUUAGGUUUGUUUGCAUUUUCCAGCAUCACUGAUUUUAUGGAUGGGUAUAUAGCAAGAAAAUACGGCCUGAAAACCAUUGCAGGAACCAUAUUAGAUCCACUUGCAGAUAAACUACUCAUGAUCACAACAACUUUGGCAUUAUCUGUACCAUCCGGCCCUCAGAUUAUACCGGUAUCUAUUGCGGCGAUAAUUCUGGGUAGAGAUGUGCUACUAGCCAUAAGUGCUUUGUUUAUACGAUAUAGCACUUUAAAGUUGAAAUAUCCUGGUCGUGUGGCAUGGAAUUCCUAUUGGGAUAUUGUUCGCUAUCCCAGCGCUGAGGUCAGACCUUCCCAACUAUCAAAAUGGAACACGUUUUUCCAAAUGGUAUAUCUUGGAUCUGGAGUAUUAUUACUUUUAUAUGAGAAAGAAGAGGGCUGUGAAAAAACCGAGGAGGAUUUCGAAGAUAGAAAACAGGACUUUCAAAAGGCCUUUAGCUAUUUAGGGUAUGUAACCGCCACGACCACAAUAAUGAGCGGAGUAUCCUACGCAUUAAAGAGAAACGCUUUUAAACUUUUAAAAUAG